AUGGAAUCAACUUCGGCGACAGGAUUCAAGCCUCACAUGGAAUGGUUGUUUUACUUAUCCGUACCCGGCAAUCACCUUGCCGAAGAGGCCGUCUGGUCCGAUACUUGGGCAUUGACAGGCGUGUCUGUGUGUGAAUCUGCGCUGCUGACCCAAUUACUCAUACUCUUUGUACUGUUUACUCUGCGUCGUCUGAAAAAGCUGCGUGAAGACAGGACAACAGGACAACAAACAGGAUCCCGGCUUCGAAUGGACUGGGUACUGCGAAUACGCAAGGUCACACUGGUAAUGUGUCGAAAUACUGGUAGCUCGGGUGAGUUUUUGGUUGUUGAUCAGGCGGCUGUUGAUGUGUUCGCCGAGCUUGGCAACUGA